AUGGCCCCGUCAAUCACAGAGACAGUGGCCCUGCGUGCUCCAACAUUCUCCGUGCCUUUCAAGACUGACGCCGGGCACAACAAGGAGAAUUUGAUUGGAUACAAGUACGAGAAGGAGGCCGAGCUGAAGGGUACAGACAAGCUGCCGCCAGCGUCAUUCCCAAACUACUUGCCUGUCUGGGACAAUGAGACUGAGAGAUAUCCUCCUUUGGAACCAUUCGAGCACUAUGAUCAUGGCAAGGACGCCGAUGCCACGUUCCCAGAUCUGCUCCCCAAGGGCCAGGCCGAGGUAGACGAAAUCACCCCGUUCAUCGGCUCCGAGAUUCAUGGAGUGCAAUUGAGCAAGCUCUCCAAGGCUGGCAAGGACCAGCUGGCCUUGUACGUCGCCCAGCGACGGGUCGUUGCCUUCCGUGACCAAGACUUCGCUUCUCUCCCCAUCCAAGAGGCCGUCGAAUACGCCGGCUACUUCGGCCGCCACCACGUACACCAAACUUCCGGUGCACCCAAGGGCUUCCCAGAAAUUCACCUCGUCUUCCGCGGUGCCGAUGACCGCACCGGCGCCAAAUUCCUCGAGCAGCGCACAAAUACCAUCACCUGGCACUCCGACGUAACCUUCGAGAAGCAGCCCCCCGGCACGACAUUCCUGUACGUACUGGAUGGGCCUUCUACCGGCGGCGAUACGCUCUUUGCCGACAUGGCCCAGGCGUACAAGCGGCUCUCACCUGAGUUCCAGAAGAGACUGCACGGCCUGAAGGCGGUGCAUUCGGGGGUUGAACAGGUCAAUGCCAGUCUGAAUGGGGGUGGUAUUGCCCGUCGCGAUCCUAUCACCUCUGAGCAUCCUAUUGUCAGGACGCACCCAGUUACGGGGGAGAAGGCACUUUAUGUGAAUCCGCAGUUUACCCGCUAUAUUGUUGGGUAUAAGAGGGAGGAGUCCGAUUACCUCCUGAAGUUCUUGUACGACCAUAUUGCUCUGUCGCAAGACCUGCAGGCUCGUAUCCGUUGGAAGGCUGGCACAGUUGUUGUGUGGGAUAACCGUGUGGCUUGCCACUCGGCUGUCUUUGAUUGGGAGGAUGGUCAGAGACGUCACAUCGCCCGUCUCACCCCGCAGGCAGAGCCGCCAUUUGAGACGCCAUUUGAGGGCUAG